AUGGAAGAGAGGCUGAGAGUGCUGCUGGAAAGUGUGAAUUGUUCUCAAACUAUUUUUUCCUCUGUUUUCACGAAGAGCCAGGUUCCCUCACCUGUCUUCGACUUUGUCUGGAACUUCUCCAUCACAAAGUUUGUCGUCACUGCCUCGGAUGUUCAACUCAAACUUGCUUCGCUUGACCCUAAUAAGGGAGCUGGUCCUGAAGUUAUUCCUCCAUGCGUUCUGAAAUACUGUGCCGCUGUUGGCUCCUCAUCUGGCUAUCUGGUUUUCCUCCCUGCUCUCACUUGGAAUCUUCCAAUCAGCCCUCAAGCGUGGCUUUGUCGUUCCCAUUUUCAAAUCUGGCGAUCGCUCAAACGUCAAAACUAUCGGCCCAUUGUCAUUCUCUCUGCUGUUGUCAAGGUGUACGAAAGCAUUGUUCUGGACUACCUCUAUUUUCAUCUCCCGAAAUGUAUCUCUUCCUCUCAACAUGGCUUCCUGCGCUCACGCUCAACAGUAACUAACCUGAUGGAAUUUCAAGAAUACGUCAUGGCUGCUUUUGGCAAUGCUCACCAAGUUGACUGCGUCUACCUUGAUCUCCCCAAGGCCUUUGACAAGGUCAAUCACAAUAUGCUUGUAGCCAAGCUUGCCGGAUAUGGUGUGGGGGCCCCCUGCUUGAGUGGUUUAACAGCUACUUGA